CAGAAUGACAUUGCCUUUCUAGUUUCAGGUCUAACUGAUACAAUGCAACGCACUGUUUUAGCAAUAAUCUGGGCUUUUGCUCUCCUUAAAGGUUAUAUUGCUGCCCACACAUGGACUAACCUAAACUAUAUAGAAUCCAAGUUUGAUCUGGAUGAGUCUGCUCUUACCCAAAUCGUCCACAAGCGAUCAUUGGAUGAUUCUUUCCGUUCUCCAGUGAAUCAUUAUACCUGCAGUACAUGGGGAGGAGGAAUCUUCAGGACAUUUGACAAUGAACUUUUCCAUCUUAAAUCCACCUGUGACGUUUUCAUGAGCAAAUCAUGCUCAAACAGAGUUGAUAUAUAUGAGGUAGAAGUCCGCAGAGGGUCAAAUGGAAAUCUGGAACAUAUAUACAUCAAAAUUGAAACGACCACGAUUGCUCUGACAAACGGGACAGUUUUCGUUAACAACCAUAAACAAUCUUUGCCAUAUCAUGACAAGACGAUCAGGAUCCAAAACAAAGGAAUUAGAAUCAAGAUUACAAACGUAAAAAAAACCAUAUCCUUAAUCUGGAACAAGAAAAGUGCAUUCUCGCUUAAACUCGAUACUGAAUACAGUAAUCAAGUUUGUGGACUUUGUGGCAAAUUUGAAAUGAUAAGAAAUACUUCGGUCCAAUUAAGAAAUGUGAGUGAAUUCACAAUCUAUGAAUACAAUAAAUUAGUUGAGUCCUGUAGUGUCACAAUAUCUCAAAAUGAAACCUGUAACAAUGCCAUUAAGAGGUGCACAAAACCGUUCUCACGCAAUUUUUUGAAUUACAAAGAUUAUGAAACCUAUCGUAAAAUUUGUUCAAGAGAUGUCUGCUCUUCAACUAGUGACCAGGUCCACUGUGAUACUUUGACAGAAUUUGCACAACUAAAUGCAGUGACAGAUCAUGACUGGAGGGAUAAUGUACAAUGUGAACUACCCUUUUGUCCUGAGAACCAGAUUUACAGGGAUUGUGGUGCAGAGGUUAUUCCAACAUGUACUAAUCAAAAGCCUCAACAGAAAAAACAUGCUUGUGUAAGCACUUGUGAAUGCCCACCAGGCACAGUUCUUGAUGAUAUAAGAGGCACCAACAAAUGCAUCAACAGCUCAAGUUGUCCGUGCAUAUACAGUGGUAUGACUUAUGAUAGUGGAGACAGAAGGAACACUUCCUGUCAGACAUGUGUCUGCAAUGGUGCACUUUGGGAAUGCUCUCAUCGUAGCUGUCCCAGCAGAUGUAAAGUAGAAGGAACAUACAUCACAACAUUUGAUAAAAAAACUUAUAAUUUGAGAGGCAAUUGCAGACUCUACGCAGUUAUUGGAAAUGACUGGAAAGUAACUAUUGAGUUAUACGUGUGUCAUAAAGCAGUUGGACAGAUAUGUGUAAGACAUGUUUCAUAUUGCCAAUCUGAGAUCAAUUAUGAAUUCAACAAUAAUGGCGACGUUUACUCUUCUGGAAAUAAAAUUAACCUUCCUCUAAAGAAGGAUGGAAUAAUCAUAUUUAGGAAAUCAGCAAAAUUCAUUCAAUUUUCGACUUCAUUUGGGCUAAAAAUACAAGUGCGGACAUCUUCUAUCAUGCAUUUAUACAUUUCACUGCAAGAAAAAGACAAAAACACAGUGAAAGGCUUAUGUGGCAACUUCAAUGACAAUGCAGGUGAUGACUUCUUGUCUGCACAGGAUAUGGAGGAACAAUCAGUUGCCGAUUUUGUUAAUUCAUGGAUAGUUUCUGGUGAAUCUUGUAUGCCUCCAGAUUCAGAAGAACCUACUUGCAUUAGUUCAGAAAAUGAUAAUUAUGCUAAAGAACAUUGUGCUGAGCUGAUGAACAAUAAAGGGGCUUUUGCCCCUUGCCACCAUGUAGUGGAUUACAGCACAUACUAUAAGAUGUGUAAGGAUUCCAUCUGCACUUGUCAAAAUAUUGAUCACUGCAUUUGUGCUGUAUUUGGUUCAUAUGUUCAUGCAUGUGCAGAAAACGAUAUCAUCCUGACACAAUGGACUGGAAGUAUUUGCAAUACAACUUGUGAGGAGAGCCAAUCUUUUGACAACAACAUGACAACAUGUAACCGGACUUGCAGAUCACUAUCAAAACCUGACUUCACCUGUAGUGUUCAGGAUGUUCCAGUUUAUGGAUGUGGCUGUCCUGCAGGAAAGUACAUGGAUAAAAAUGGACUCUGUGUUGAGCAAAGAAAAUGCUCAUGUUACUACAGGGGCAUGUAUAUUGAACCUGGAGAAAAUAGUGAUGAUUGCGUUUGCACAAAUGGGCAUAUUGUGUGUUCUCAAGUUCAUACUACUCCACAGACACCAGUGUGUCAUGGGGAAAAGAGGUAUUUUAAUUGUUCAGGAGCUAGAAACUUCAAUUGGAAACAUUGUGCAAAGAAAUGCAGCAACUUGAAUUUACCAUGUCCAGAUCAAUGCGUUCCUGGUUGCAUCUGUCCUGAUGGUAAAGCUGAAGAUGACAAUGGAAAUUGUGUUUUGCAUAAAAAAUGUCCUUGCUUGUUUGAAGGACAGAGCCAUCGUGUAGGAAAAGUGAUCCAGAAGGAUUGUAAUGAAUGCACGUGCCAGGGUGGAGUAUGGAACUGUACUGAGAAACAUUGUUCAAAGACCUGUAAGGUUUAUGGUGAAGGUCAUUUCACAACAUUUGAUGAGAACACAUAUACUUUUGAGGGGAACUGUGAAUAUAUAUUUGUUCAGGACCACUGCGGAGAAAAUAUUGGUACUUUCCAGAUACUGUUUGAAAAUGUUGCAUGCUGUGAAGAUGGAGUGACAUGUUCCAGAAAUAUCAAAAUUAUAUUUCAGGAUAAAGAACUAACUUUGGAAGAUGGGAAAAUAAAAGUUUCUGAAUCAAAUUCCAUAUCAACAUGCACAGAAGAUCCCUAUUCAUAUCACACCGUCGGACUCUAUCUAAUUCUCACAUUUUCCAAUGGGAUUGUUAUAAUUUGGGACAAACACACAAGACUUUCUGUAACACUAGAUCAACAAUGGAGGAACAAAGUAUGUGGUCUCUGCGGAAAUUUCAAUGAUGACACUGAAGAUGAUCAAACAACCAAAUUUAACUCAUUGGCGAGCAUCUUCACUGACUUAGGGAACAGCUGGAAAUCUAAUCAGCUCUGCUCUGAUUCGGUGAAUCAGACAUUUCCAUGUGAGAGAAACCCAUUCUGUUCUCCAUGGGCACAGAGAAAAUGUUCCAUAAUUAAAGACCCAAAUGGAGUAUUUAAAACAUGUCACAAAAAGGUUAACUCUGAGCCAUAUUAUGAAGCUUGCAUUAAGGAAGCAUGUGCCUGUGAUAUGCAGGGAAAAUAUCUGGGUUUUUGCACAGCUGUCGCUGUGUAUGCAGAAGCUUGUAACAAAGUUGGUGUUUGUAUUCGCUGGAGAACGCCCGAACGCUGUCCUGUCUAUUGUGACUAUUACAACAGCCCCGGUGAAUGCAGCUGGCAUUAUCAACCAUGUGGAUCUUUGACAGUAAAAACAUGCAGUGACCAUUCAAUUCGAAGAAAGCUCUCUGCCAUCCUUGAAGGUUGCUACCCGAAGUGCCCAGACAGUGCUCCUUAUCUGGAUGAAAAUACAAUGAAAUGUGUCAGCCUAGAUGAGUGCACUUGUUAUUACAAUGGCAAAAUAUAUCAUCCACUUGAAAGUGUACCUGGCUGUGGAAACUGUGUAUGCAGCGAAGGUAUUGUCAGCUGUGAGACAACCACAUCUCCGACUACAAAGAUCACCACUACAGAAAUUACAACUUCUACAAUCUCGACAACAACAGAAAGUACAAGUGUAACAACUCCAACAACAACUCCAACUACCACAACAACAACCACACCAACCACUACACCAACCACUACACCAACCACUACACCAACCACUACACCA